AGGACACUCUCCGAUGCAAAGCCCUAUCAGAGAGCAAAAACUUGUUCCGCGCGUUCGGCAUGAGAGACACAACGCGCUCAGGGGGUGAGAGAGUGGCUCUAAAAUCCGUUUGUGAUUGAAAACAACCUGGCUGCAGCCUGACAACGACUUAUUAACCAGUGUGAAGUCUAUGCAUUCGUCGAUCUGUUUAAUUUACAUCACCUCUAUCACAGUGAGGAGGACGGGACGGAGGUCUGGAACUCUAUGAGCGAGCGCGGAGAGCGCGUGAGAGUUUGAGAGCAUAGAAUACAAGUGAAAAGUUUAUACUUGGAUCUUCACCAUGGCGUACCCUCAGGGCUACUUGUAUCAGCCAUCCGCCUCUUUAGCACUCUAUUCGUGUCCUGCCUACAAUACGAGUGUGAUAUCGGGACCCCGGACAGAGGAACUAGGGAGAUCUUCCUCUGGCUCUGCUUUCGCUCCCUAUGCCGGAUCUACAGCUUUCACCAGCGCCUCGCCAGGCUACAAUUCCCAUCUCCAGUACAGUGCUGAUGCAGCCGCCGCCGCUGCCACUUUCACUUCUUAUGUGAGCUCCCCGUAUGACCACACGACAGGCAUGGCCGGAUCUAUAGGGUAUCACCCAUAUGCUGCUCCCUUGGGCUCGUACCCGUAUGGGGACCCAGCUUAUCGGAAGAAUGCAACCCGGGACGCCACAGCCACUCUGAAAGCUUGGCUUAACGAGCACCGGAAAAACCCGUACCCCACCAAAGGCGAGAAGAUCAUGCUGGCCAUCAUAACUAAAAUGACCCUCACCCAAGUGUCCACCUGGUUCGCUAACGCUAGGAGAAGGUUAAAGAAGGAGAACAAGAUGACCUGGACCCCACGGAACCGGAGCGAGGACGAGGAGGAAGACGAAAACAUUGAUCUAGAAAAAAAUGACGACGACGAGCCAAACAAGCCCACAGACAAGGGAGACUCCACAGACACAGAGGCAGAUCAUAAACUUAUCGACCCAGGGGAGAUUCCAUGCGACAGGUUUAAAGAUGAGACACAUUCUAAAGAUCUUGAUCCACUUUUGACAGACUCGGAAUUAAAAGACUCAGAGGAAGGGACGGACUUGCUCACUGAGCAGGCAAAACCCACCACCUCUUCGCCUUCCAUUCUACAAAGAAGGAAUGAUCUCGUUACGCAAGAGAAGCAAUCAGAAGAGGUCCACGCCACGAGUACGGGGAGCAGCAAUGUAACGUCUGUUAUUCAUUCCCCCCCUUCCGCGCCCAAACCCAAACUCUGGUCACUGGCCGAGAUCGCCACGUCUUCGGACAGGUGCAAGGGGAUCAGUGAGGCACCACAGGCCGCAGACCUGGGUCAAAGCACAGUCAUAGCCAGAGCUGCCUCGCCGACCCGGUCGUCCCCUCAGUGCCCUCUCCCCAGCAACACUGUCCUCUCUCGGCCUAUUUACUACACGUCUCCUUUUUACCCAGGCUACUCGAACUAUAGCACUUUCGGACAUAUCCACAGCAGCCACGGCACCAACACUGGCUCUACGGCACAUUUUAAUGGAUUAAGCCAGACUGUUUUAAACAGAGCCGAGGCUCUUGUCAGAGAGAGCAAAGUAAGAAGCCAAACGCACGUAGAUCUUUGUAAAGACUCACCUUAUGAGCUAAAGAAAGGUAUGUCAAACAUUUAAUACCGGAUUCAACGCCAAUCACACGGACAUUUAUUUAUUAUUUGUGGUUGCUUAAAAGAAGAAGCAGAAGAAGAAGCAAAAGAUCAUUUUGAAUAAAAAAAAUCGAGGACAAUUAUUUUCUGAGUAAAUGCCUAUCCUGAAAUCUUAGUUUCUGAAAGGUAAUCAAGAGGAUGUAACUUCUAAGAAUUGUCUUAAACGCUGCAGCCGCCUGAGUCUAUUUGUAUUAAAGACUAAUAUGUAUAUUUAAUGUAGCAUUUUGUAUUUAAAAUGGACAAUACACUAUCUUUGAAGUAAAUUAUGAUAAAGAAAAUGUGUGCAGAGACUGAUUUUACAAAAUAUGCAUGGCUGUGAAUGUGAAUUUGAUAGCUGCACAAACGACAGAAAUAACACAAGGAUGUGACGGAUGACAGCCGUAAAAGUAUUAUUGCCAAACGCAAAGCAACGCCUCUAGCAAAAGUUAAAUCGGUGUGAAAAUACUUUGAAUCAGUAGGUAAACCGUGUGUUAAUAUGCUUUUCUGACUCAUAAAAAAGCAAAUGCAGAGAUUGAAAACUCAGGCGGUGUGGGGAAAAGCCAUAUGGGGACGAGAGCUUGCAAACGCCCCUCGGUCGAUUUUAACAUAGGAUUCUCCUGAUAGCAUUGGUUAUGAACAAUACUCAUCUGUCAUUUGCAAACUGAGAGAUGGUUCAACGGGUGAAUAUUGAUAUGACAACAGCGGCAAAAGUGUCGAGCAGUCAUUUAACCCAAUUACAUUCCAACCGCGUCGUGUUAUAUGCAAAGCAAUCAGGUGGCGAACUCUAGUAAUGAGUUCGAUUUUAUGCCAAAUUUAGACCUCAUUACUAUGUCCUAGGCGUGGCAAAGUGGUUAGAGGCGCGCGGCGAUGCGGAGUGGGCCUGGGAGCAUACUGUUCUGUUAAAUCAUUAAAUGGUAGGAUAGGCUUAAUAGCGUUUGGAUUAUAGACGCUGAUGGUUUUCAAAAGUGUAUGUUUCAAAAAUAUCCCUCUGGCAUGGCAUGGCAUGUCCCUCAGUAAUGUCCUGCACCUUUACCCUCACUCGCAGGUAGGUGUCACACUUGCUCUUAAUUUCAAGUCCUGAAACUUCUUCAAGCACAGGGAUCCGAGGAAAACAGUUACCAUAACAAGCUAGAAAAACAUUUAUAGACUUCAAGUGCCAUGCAAAAAUAUCAUCAUGCACUUGUAGGCCAUUUAUAAUCUGAAAAAUACACAAUUUAGUCAGAAAACUUUGGCAGUACAAGACCAAACGAAUCCUAUUUUUCACCAACACGACAAACUGCUACAAUUAUUUACUUAAAAUUUAAAAAAAAAAAUUAUUUUAUUUAUUUUAAAAUAAUUUUUAACAAUGUUUAAAAAAGAAAAUGUAAUUCCUGA